AUGUGCGAAUGGUACCAGAGUAACUACGCCUGUGGGCACCAUCUAAUCGGCGCUUCAGAGUGGUGUUAUCAAUACUCCCAGACACAAAAGCGCUGUAAGGUUGUAGUGGAACAGGUUUUUGAUUUCUUGCAUAUCUGUAAAAGCUGUCAAAAGCAGCAUGAGAAGGUCAAAGUGUCCUGGGAGCAUAUGAUAGACCGGGGCAAGUGA